UAGCACUUGCCUAAAUACAGCUUAACCGUGUGAUUUCCUUGCGGUUCGCUUGGUUUUAUUUGUUUUUAUGAAACAAUCUGCGCUUACAGAUUUCCAGUUGAGCAUCUAUGUAUACCUGUACCGAUUUGCAUCCAUGCAUUAACUUUACUAUUAUUUCUUCUGUUUUUAUAUAAACUGAGGAAAUUUGUAGAAACCAUUACUCACAGCAUUUGCUUCAAAUCCUCAGAAAACCACUAGAUAUCUGAGGAGUGGUGGUGGCAACCUAGAGAGCCAUGUUUAUAGUUCUGAGGAGUUGUCCUUGAGCGUCGUCGAUCAACUAAUCAAGACUUUGACAAAUCGCUUGUUCUUCAAACCUCGUCUAGUUAUUCUAAUCUACGUAUGAAGCAAUCAGAAGUUCCUAGCAAGAAGGAAACUAAAAGAAAACUUGCGGCGGAUAUAGGAACGGCUCCUAAUGAAAAUGAUGCAUAUUUGGAUCUCAAACUAUCACCUCCAGGGGUCUACUUAAGGGGUAAAUCAUCUAAUGAAUCGAAAUUGUCGUCCCCAAGAUCUCAAGACUCAUGCGUAUCUGCUGAGGUUGAGUCAAAUGUGAACUUGGAGAAUAAUCUUCGAGAUGAAAGCUCGUCUUUGAUCGUGAUGGGAUGUACUUGUUGCCUCCUUUAUGUGAUGGUAACAGAGGCAGAUCCCAGAUGCCCUAAAUGCAAAAACUAUGGCUUGCUCGACAUUUUUCGUCGAAAUCAGGAGAAGAGAUCAAGAAAAGAACUAGUUCGAGCAUGAAGUUUGCAUGGUGGCUUGUGUUCAAAUGCUCCAGUAUGCUCUUGAACUGAUGCACCCUCUGCCGUUUUUCUUAGUGUCCUAAACCAUCUUAUUACUUGGGGAGUCAGAAUUUGAUGAAAGAUAUGGUUUAUUUAUAUCUUUUUGCUCAGUAGUUUGGUUUUCUUUCCUUUCUUUUGAGAAGGCCAAUUCACAUAUUAACUGUGAUUCUGAUGUUAAAGAGUAAAAUUCUUUCUUUCUUUGGGCAAAUCACAGAGUUCAUUCUUUUUUUGUGCA